AUGUCGCACAGACAACACUCGCACAAUGUGAGCACAAGCUCGGCUGACACGAUUUACGUCGAGCAGCCAACAAGCCCUUUCAUCCCUGGAUCCGACAAGAGACAAAGCCUGGGAUCGUACAAAGCGUACCAGUCAACGUUUGUUUCUGUCGAUGACGUCCCUCCUAGCGAGCCUGCUUUGAGCAGCAACGGAGACUCCAGACGCUCUGUUCCUUCGCGCUGGAGCAGGAUCUCCGAGAAAUCACACAUCAAGUCCGAAACGUUCUCGCCAUCUGGUUCUUGGACUUUUGAGAUUGUCAGUGUUUGUGUAACUAUCCUUGCCGCAGCCGCCAUCAUUGGUGUUCUUGCAGCAUACGACGGGAAGCCACUGGCAUCAUGGCACUUCCAAAUCACCAUCAACGCCGUUAUCGCCUUGUUGGCCACCGUUGCAACUGCAACUAUGGGAGUUGUUCUCUCUAGCGGUAUCUCUCAGUUGAAAUGGAUCCAUUUCAAGAGACGCCGUGAGCCGUUGUCGGACAUGGAGGUUUUUGAUGAUGCCAGUCGAGGAACUUGGGGAGCUCUCAUGAUGCUUAUUAAGUUUCGAGGAGGUCUUCUUGGAUCUUUUGGCGCAUUCAUUGCUAUCUUGACCCUUGCGUUCAGCCCCUUUGCCCAACAAAUCGCCACGUUCCACGCGCGUACAACCAACUCCUCAGAAGGAGCCAUCAACCUCCGGGCCGAGGAAUACUUGAUUGCUCUCAGUAGCCAAACUGCAUCUGAAGGAUUCAUCCCUAUCCUUCCUUUCAAGGCUGCUGUGUACAAUGGUCUCUUCGCCGAGAACGGCAAGCCUUGGCUGAGUCUCCCUGUCAACUGUCAGACGGGUAACUGCACUUGGGAGCCUUUCGAGACCCUCGGUGUCUGCAACACAUGCGUUGACAUGUCCGAGUUCAUGACCCGAUCAUGUGAGGAUGGAUCGACCCCUGAAGGCGACAUGACGGAGUGCGGCUGGUCAGUCCCAGUCGGUGCCCGACUCAAAACGCACGCCGAUGUGUUCAGCAUGACACCCAUCUUUCCUCAAGGACUCGGGGACAUGUCUUACUCAACCAUCAUGAAGCUUGUUUUCAUGGGCACUGAGAAACAAGGAGGCGUCGCUGGCGCCCUCGCACCCUGGGCUCGGCAGUGUACCCUCCAAGCCUGUGUUCAGACUCUGGACUCCGAGAUCAUCAACGGAGAGCUCAAAGAGACCAUUGUCCAUACCAGCACCAACGAUUCAAUCGCUACGGCAACUCAAGAUACCCUUGAACCCAUCUAUAUUUCGGGCCAGAGUGACAAGGAGUCCUAUCCGAUCGAUAUGAAAGUCAUGAUGGGCAUACGUUCAUGGUUCUCGGAUCUGUUUCGCAGUGGGUCGGCGUCACGAAAUGAAGAGGUCAUCAACAAGAACAUCACGACUCCAGACAAUGUCAUUGUCAAUCUCACCGUCGGUAUCUCAAGCGGUGAGACGUUCUUUGACACCGACAUUGUCCAGGCUUUUUACUGGAACUACUACGAAUACCCAACUGGAAUUGAUAUGCUUAUGAACGAUCUUGCGACCAGUGUCACCGUCAGUUUCAGGAGUUUCAAUGGCACCAAAGUCACAGGCAUAGCGCACACUAUUGAAAGCUACGUCCACGUUGAGUGGAGUUUCCUGGCCGUUCCGCUCCUUACUGUCUUGUUGACUACCCUGUUUCUGAGCGCCGCAAUCUACCAGACGUACCGUCAUAAAGCUAGUCUAUGGAAGAGCAGUGUACUGGCCACCCUGGUUCACGGUCUAGACGGCAAUGCCAGGGAAAGACUGGAGGACCUUGGAGGCUUAAGAGAGCAGCAGAAAGAGGCUAAGUCUGUAAAGGUACACCUUGAUGACGGUGACGCUGGGCUUCUGAGGCUAUACAAGUACGAUGAUAUCUGA